AUGUCACCUGAAUCAAUUUACAAUCAUCGCUUAAAGAUUAAUGUUCAAUCGUCACCCAAACUAGUUAUAUCAAAAAAAUUUCAUUUACCAAGUUCAAAAUUUGAAUAUGGAAAUUUACAUAUGUUAACGAAGCGAAAAAAUCUUCCAUCUAAUGAGCAGGAACAAUCAAAUCAUCAAUAUGUAUUUACAAACAGACCUGUCCCUGAACCAAUUAUACAUUGUUCAGUAAAUAAUCAAGUGUAUGAUAGAUCAAUGAUACAAAAAUCAUCGACAACUGAAAAUAUUCCAAGACAUCCACCGUUAUUAAAUACAAAAUUUUGUCCAUUAUCAACAUCAUCAUCAAAUAAAGAAAUAAAAUCAAUGGAUUUUCGUCCAUUGAUUACUUAUGGACGUCGAAAACUUGGUUCUAUACCACCUUUAUCAUCAUUGAUUAUUACGAAAAAAAAAUCUCUAUCUCCAAUGAAUGGUAAAUUAUCCAAUCAGAAACCAUUGACUCGUUCGAUUCCAGUCGAUAUUAUAAGUAACAACAGAGCUAUGGUUGUUAGCUCUAUAAUACCAUCAUCAUUAUCCUAUUCUACUGCAUCUUCUUGUUCUUGUUCUUCGUCUUCUUCUCCUCCGUCUUCAGCUUCAGCAGCAUCAUCAACAAAUGUCGGAACAGUUUUCUUACCAAUCCAAGUGACAAAAAGCCAAAACAAGAAUAAGAAUAACAACAACAAUAGUAUUAAAUAUAGUAACAUUACUAUUAGAAACGAAGGCCGUAAUUAUUCUUGUCAAUAUGUUCAAAAUCAAUCUGAACCACAACAAUCAUUGAAAUAUCAAAAUACAAGAAAUAAAGUUCGAUUAGAAGAUGAUAUCGAUAAAUCAAGAAGAAUUUCUUCUUCGUCUUCAGUCGGUGGAGAAGGUAAUAGUUAUCGAUCAACUCUUAUAAUGGAUUCGAAUGUUCUACGUUUAAUUCGUCGUUAUGAUCCAGUAACGUCAAGUCCUACUGGUAUCAAACAACAUGGUUCACUUGAAGCUACUCGAAAUAUGUGGCAUACAUUUGCUCCCCAAGCAGGAUCAGUACAAUCAUCCGAUUCUUCUCCAUUCUUAUCGCAUCGAUCGUUAACUACAACAUAUGAAGAUGGAACAUCUAUAAAACAAGUACCUACACCACGUCUUCAACGCCAACCAGCAAUACACGAUACAGAACCGUCCCCACCACCCCCAACAAUACCACCACCACCACCAUCAUCAUCGAUAAGUAAUUCAUUACGACCAAUACUUAAAUAUGCAUCAUCAAGAUCACGUUCAGAAUUUAUUGUUGAACCGCGUCAAAAUGAAUCAUUAAAAAAUGAAAUUGAAUUAUUAUCCAAUGACAAUACAGCUAUAUAUCAACCAUUAUUUUCUACAGGAACAAAACGUGUUUGUUCUGCAGUAAGUAAAUCUGAAUUGGAUUUACGUAUGCAACAAGAACAACCCCCUAUUCGACCACCAUCACCAGUAUUUAUUAAUCGACAACAGAAUAAAGGAUCGUUUCGACCAUUAUAUGGUCGAAGUAAAAGUUCAGUAGGAAUUAAUCAGAUAUAUGAUGAUGAAGAUGAUACUAAUGAUAUUUCACCAUUACCAUCUAGUCAUGGUUCAUAUGUAGGAAAAUUAAAAGAAUUAUUUGUUACAAAAUCUUCACUUGAUUUAACUAAUCCAUCUAUAAAUGAUUCAAUUGAUUCAAAUCUUAAUCGACAUGUAAAUUCUAAUAAUAAACUUGAUAUUUCAUCUUCAUUAGUUAAAACAACACCUAUAAUCAAUUCAAUUGAACCUGAUCAACGUAAAAUAAAUAAACCAACAAUAAUUGUUCAAGAUGUUACAACAACACCUAUAUUAUUCAAUAAAAAUUCUCGACUUAAAAAUCAAAAAACACUUGAUAGGUAUUGUAAAGUUCAAUCUAUCGAUAAAUAUUAUCAAUAG